AUACAUACACACGCAUAAUAUAACCCAUCCACAGUUUCUUUCAUCUCACUCUCCACUUUCUUACACUAAGUAGUGUUAUUCCAAGUCUUGUUCUAAAUUCCAAUACUACUCUCUUCUAUAUUGAAAGUUGUAACCUCUUUUGGGCAUAUGGAAAUCGAGAUGCUAGAAGAGUUUACAAAGUACCAGGAUCAAAUGAUCCUUAAAAGAAAGCGUACAAAGCAGCUAAGGCCAUCACACUCUAGCUCAUCGAGCGGUGGUGGUUGUGGUGGCAAUCGAGGAGGCGGAAAUGGGUUCCGUUCAUUGGUUUCUUCUCCCACAACAUCAAGUGGAAUAUCUACAAGUACUGAGGAAGAUGAAGACAUGGCCAAUUGUCUAAUUCUUUUAGCACAAAGUGGUGACAAGGUGGAGAAAUUUAGUAGCCGAAAAUUCACGGAAAUGGCCAAUAUAACACAAGGAAAGGUCGGCAUCUAUGUUUAUGAAUGCAAAACCUGCAAUAGAACUUUUCCAUCAUUUCAAGCUUUAGGUGGGCACAGAGCAAGUCACAAAAAGCCCAAGUCUUCAUCAGAUAAUCAGAAAAAAUCAUCACCGUUCGAUCACAACGAGGAAGAAAAGAAAUUGAUCAUCGCUAGUCUUAGUCCACCACCUUCAAUCCAAUCAUCAGGCAAAGUUGAAAUUAAGCCUAAAAUCCAUGAGUGUUCAAUAUGCGGUUCAGAGUUUUCAUCAGGACAAGCAUUGGGAGGUCACAUGAGAAGGCAUAGGACAGCACCAAAUACAACUAGAAUUGGCACCGAUGAUUCUGAGGAACCUAGAAAUAUUCUUGCUCUGGAUCUUAACCUCCCGGCACCACUGGAGGAUGAUCACCGGCCAGACGAAAAGUUUCUUAUCUUCUCCUCCCCGGCCUUAGUCGAUUGCCACUACUAGAAAACAAGAGUCGACACUGAUGCAAUAUAAAAAAAAGUUGUUUUACAUUUUCUUUUCAUCACAAUUAUCAAUUGUUAUAAUUCAUAAUUCAUUAAUAUUGUUGUUAUCAAUUCUUUCUUUUUAGUCUUUCUUGCCUUUUAUGUUACGCACAAAGCUGAAUUCUUAAAGUAAGUAACAAAAUACAGUUCACGGUUGCUUUCA